AUGAACCGUUACACCGUAUGGGACCUUGCUGAUGAAGACACCAAUUCUAGCCCUGAUGCCUCCUAUGCAAUGCCUGGUAUAAGUCUCACACAUUAUAAAGAGCAGAAAGCCCGGAAGUGGUGGGAGGGCGGGAGCAGCGCAUUUGAACUGCGGCGGAAGCGGUCGAGUCGGAGUCGUAACUGCGGACUGCGAGGCAUGGAGGGCGAGCUAGGGCGGUCGGAGCUGGCGCGGAAGCUCCUGGAAAGCCGCCGUCGCUUCCAGAAACGCAUGCAGCUGCUGAUCGAGAAGUACAACCAGCCCUUUGAGGAUGGGCCGGUGGUCCAGAUGGCCACUCUGACCUACCAAACACCCCAGGGACUGAGGCUGUGGGGUGGCGGAGUGAUCGAGGAACCAGGCAGAGGACAUGGGCAGCCUGUUGUGCCUCAGAGCCCUUUGAAAAACGAGCUACGAAGGAAGUACCUGACCCGGGUGGACGCCCUGCUGCAAGAGCAAAGGUGCUCAGAGCAUGCAGAUGAUGGAGACAGAGAAGACACCAGGGUGACUCCGAUGCAUUCGCUGGCCAGGCCUGCCCACGGAGACUGCAGUGACGUCUCCACAGAGAAGCCCACGAGCUCCGUUAAGUCAGCAGCAGCGCCCAGAGCCUGUGAGCCCUCCGCCAGCUUGGCAGUGGUGCCGAGAAAUGACAGUCUUCUGUCCCAAGGGGCUGGUGGCCAGAGCCUCCUGUGCAGCUCGUCCUAUGAGGCUGUGGAAGUUGGCAACGCGACCAUCAGUGACUUGUACGAGGGCAUGCUGCACUCCAUGAGCCGGCUGCUGAGAGCCAAGCCGUCCUGCGUCAUCUCCACCAAGACCUUCAUCGUCCAGAACUGGCACUGUAGGAGAAGACCCAGGGGGAAGAGUAGGCUGAACCGAACAUACUGCAAAGGGGCCGCUCACAGGGAGAGGUGCGCCCCCUACUCCAAGCCUGCGAGAGAGGCAGGGCCGCUGAGCGAGCCCAGCAUCCACGCAGCGGGUUCUCCGCUGAAGGAAGCCCUUGGUGAUGUAAACAAGCCCCGUACCUGUGAGCUCAUUCCAAGCUUGAAGGAGCUUAAAGUGACUCCGCGGAAGGACUCUUCUUCGUUGGUGCAUUUGGACCCUGGUGCAACGUAUAACCUCGACCAGGAGAACAGAUUUAGGACAUUGACGUGCUUAAUUUCUCCUGUAAAAAACGUGUCCAGAUUCAGAGCACUCCAAGGCCUUGUGGGUAACCGCCAUCGCGAGAUCAAAGUCAAGUUUGACAAGCUGUAUCGGGAAUACCAUCCAGUCCUCCCAAGUCAGCGUUGCCCCCCAGGCUCCUGGGCCUUGGAUGUGCACAGAGGUGACUCCACAAGCCCAGUCUGCCUCCAGGCCUCGGAAACACCCCGGCCAAGUGGAGCUGUCCCACGGAGACUACUAAAGCCUUUGGAAAAGCUGGGAGAGACGGCUCUGGAAGCGGCUGGAUGCCUGUCAAAGCACGGCUCCUCGUCACUUCUUUCCAAGGGUGACUUGACUGUGAAGGUGAUCGCUACAGUGACAUCAAAGAACGAUUUGACAGGCUUCAUCAAGAGUGUCUACAGAGAUCACCCCAGCAGACACAGGGGCCUUCCUGUACUGGGCCGUGUCCAGAUCGCCGAGGAAAACUGA